CAUCAGAGGCUCAGCUCCAGGGAAAAACUCGGCUCCUCAGUUCUGUAGUGUGUGUUGAGACAAGCAAAGCGCAGGUCGAGAAAACUUUCCUCUGCAUCCCAUCGGCCGCUGUAGUUUAUUCUCUUCCGAAAACACGACCUCUCGCUGUGGAUUAUGCACCUUUGAGGAGAGAAGCUCCUUCUUCCUAAAGUAGCGCUUGUUCAGGUUGUUUCUGCGCUUCAGUACUGAGCUCAGUUUCCGGAUUUCAGACCACUGUUUCGGGAAGAUUUGCUCUACAUCUGUUCGGAUUUUUCUUCUCUUUCUUUUCCGCCGUUCAACUAUUUUAAAUUGCAGCCCAAAACCCAAUCAGCUUUAUUAAUCCUGCAGCCAUAAUAACAUGGACACACUUACACAGCGAGGGUGAAGUCUUAAUUUUCAAAGAGAAGUUGAGCUCUGCGCUCAAGUUCAGCAAGACCACUUCCUGAUGAUGACAGUAGACAUGGAUGAUGGUCUCCAAAAUGGACCUGGACAACACAGGAACACACAAGACGAUGAGGAGGCGCUUAACUCCAUCAUGAUGGACCUGGCCGCCUUGGGCCGCUGCUACACUCAGCACAUCAGCCACAAGCCCAAGAGCAGAACUUUACAAUACAAGCAGGAUUUAAGAGUCAAGCUGGAGCAUGAGAGAGAAAAACGAAUCAUCCCAUUUCAGAGGCCGUUGAAGAUCAAGGAGCUGCUACAGAAAGUGACUGAGGCCUUUGGUCAGCAGAUGGACAUGUUCUUUAUGGAGAAAGAGUUGCUGCUGCCGCUAAAGACUCAGGAGGACCUGGAUCAGGCGGUGUUGACACUGAGCUGCAGUUCUGGGUCCAACGGGCUCCUCAGGAUACUGCUUAAGACCCCCAAAAACAACCACUAUCUGCAGGUAAACAGCAGGGACAAACAAAGUGAGAUGAAGUCAUCACGGUCACUAGGAGAUUUGAAGGGGUCUUUGCUCAAGGGCUCCGAGAGGGUGCGCAAACACUCGACAGGUUCCCUCCACACGGGCCGGACAUCCCCUCCUCCAGGCAGCGUCCCCGAGGAGCAGCAGCAGAUCGCCCGUCAGGGCUCCUACACCAGCAUCCACAGUGAAGGGGAGUUCAUCCCAGAGACCCCAGACCAGAAUAUGCUGGAUCCCUUUGGGAGUGCAGACAACUCACUGUCAAGCAGCUGUCAAUCUAUAGAUCAAGCACUGGACAGCCCUCCUUUCUCCCAGAACAACCGUGACAAUAAUUACCUGAACCUCAACUAUGAAUACAAAGGUCGCCAUGGGAAAGGAGGGACUUUCCCACGCCAGUUCCAGUUGCCCAAUCGCAGCAAGGAUUAUGGAGAUCGUCGCAGGACACUUCCGCGCAGCUUCAUGCCACAGGAGAACCUCUUCCAGCUGGUUCCCUCCAGUCGCACGCGCAGCUAUAACGGGGACAGCACGCUACAGUACAGCGAUCUCCGCUCGCUGGGCCGCACUACUGAUAAAAGCUGCCAGCGCGGUACAGCCAAGUCACCGCGGGCGCCAGUCAACUGGCGACAGGGAAAGCUCCUGGGGCGAGGGGCGUUUGGGGAAGUCUACCUCUGCUACGACGCCGACACGGGCCGCGAGCUGGCCGCCAAGCAGGUGCCCUUUGAUCCCGACUGUCAGGAAACAAGCAAGGAAGUGAAUGCUCUGGAGUGCGAGAUUCAGCUGCUGAAGAAUCUGCGACACGAGAGAAUCGUUCAGUACUAUGGCUGCCUUCGGGACCUCGAACAGAGAAAACUCACCAUUUUUGUUGAGUUCAUGCCUGGGGGCUCAAUAAAGGACCAGUUAAAAGCUUAUGGAGCUCUGACAGAGAAGGUGACAAGAAGAUACAGCAGACAGAUCCUCCAGGGAGUCUCCUACCUGCACAGCAACAUGAUUGUACACAGAGACAUCAAAGGUGCUAACAUCCUGAGAGACUCCUCAGGGAACGUGAAGCUCGGAGACUUUGGAGCCAGCAAACGUAUCCAGACCAUCUGCAUGUCAGGUACAGGAAUCAAGUCCGUCACUGGCACCCCCUACUGGAUGAGCCCUGAAGUCAUUAAUGGGGAGGGAUACGGCCGGAAAGCUGAUGUAUGGAGUGUUGCCUGCACCGUUGUUGAGAUGUUGACUCAGAAACCCCCAUGGGCUGAGUACGAGGCCAUGGCAGCCAUUUUUAAGAUUGCUACCCAGCCUACGAAGCCCAUGCUUCCAGAGGGUGUGUCCGAUGCGUGCAGGGACUUCCUGAGACAAGUCUUUGUGGAGGAGAAGUGGCGGCCCACCGCAGAUAUAUUGCUCAGCCACCCGUUUGUCCAGGGCAGCUUCUGAGACCUGUGGACACUUUCCCCUGUCCCUUACCCUGCCUGCAAGGCCUCCAUGGUCCCAGCGCCUCCCUUCUUCUCCGACUCGCCCCGACCCCAGAGCUCCCUCCUCCUGUCACCUGGUUCCAGGGUUCAGCAACACUCCAGCUCCCUGUCCUGCCAUCGAUCACCAGUGUCUGCCUUGUCAGGACUCUUGCAUCUCUCACAAACUAGCUCAACCCAGACCGUUUCCUGAGAGGCCAGGUUGACCACUGUCAGACCUCCAGAGUCCUUCAAGGCGCUGCUCUGUGUUCCUUCAGGAGGGAACCGACAAGAAGGCACUUAGCAGUCUCACAAGCUACAGACUGCUAUCUUUUAAUAAGAGAAAGAAAAGUGGCCUAAGUUAAAGCAAAGUGGUGCCUGAAGAUUUUUGGUUCUCGCAUUACACACAUGUACUGCCACAGAUCAGUGUCUCUAGAUCAUGUAGACACUGUGAUUUACCAGUUUUGACACCUGAUAGUACUGUAAGUUACUCAACAGCCUAAAAUAGCUGUAAGUGGGCUUAAAAUGGUAAAAUAUUUUUAUACAACACAGUCAGCAGAUGAGAUUUCUAUUGCCACCCUUGAGAAAAUAUAAGUGUCUUUUCAUCAACGCCUUACAAUAAGUUUGUAAGUAAGAAUGUCUUUUUUUCUAAAGUUGCCCUUUCCCUGCUGUCAUAGCACUCCCAACCCCAUUCAGAAGGAUUGUCAAGUUGCACUUUUGAUAUCAUGCAUUGACACAUUUACACAUGCAAGAUAAUCAACCGAGGAGAUAUUUUUCUAUUUGAUGCAUUUUUAUAACGUCAUAGUAAGAACUGUGUUCCAAUGUAAAGAAAAAGAAAACCAAACCUCUGCGUUAGCAUGCAAUGUCUCUUAAGCAAUAGCAACUCUGCAGUUGAAGUUAAUGACCUUCAUUCCACUUCCCCAUGCAGCAAGCCUUGCUCCUUUCAGAAGUGGCCAAAGAAAAAUAGCAGAGACAGAAAACUCAAAGUUAGCGUGCAGUAUUAGUCACCUUGAACAUUUUUUUAAACCUCAGAACCCUACAGCCUUUUCUGUGUUAUGGCAGCUUUGUGCACCAUAGACUGCACUGACCAAAUCAGAUGCAUUGACAUCAUUGUGUUGCUUUAAAACAAUCAUAAAAACAGAUUGAAGGAAGUGUCUCAUUUACGUUCUUGUUGCAAGUUCAUUAUAAAUCCAGUUACCCUAUGCCUUCAUGUAGCCUAUCACUCCAUUCAAAUGGGCCAUUUUCUGACUUGACAGCACAUCUUGCUCUGUGUAAUGUCAGCAGAACUGAAGCAUUACAUUACAGACCAUCAGAGCGCAUCAAGAUGGAAAUAAAUGCUGUAUUCUUUAGAGAAUAAUGAUGGGGAGACUUAUGUCAGAGGAGUAGUGGCUGGCUGUAAUACAGUGGCACUUAAGAAAUGAUCAAAUCUUUUUUAACCCUUGUCAGUGCCUUAUCUAAACCUGCUUGUAAACACAAAUGUUCACUGCCAAAGCGGAGAGCUUCCUUAGGUUAGGUGAGCAGCUGUUCAGUAAGAGAGCACACCCAGGAUUUGCUGAAGUUCUUUUUAUAUUGAAAAAAAAUACUGUAAAUACAUGUUGUUCUGCACUUUUAUAUGAAUUUUCUUUUACAUUAUAUACAAAUUUGAUGAAAUAGCUACAUUAUACAGUAGACUACUGUGAUUUCAACAGGAGUAUGUAUAAUUGUCUCUUUGAGAGCUGGCAGUAUGAAAAGACUGGGAGGUUUUCGAUUGGGACAGAAUUUCUUUUGUCUUAAUGACAAAGCCUUGAAACAUGAAAUGUAACAAGUCACUGAUCUUUUGUACAUUUAACUUAAUAAAUCAAAGAUCUAA